CAUUUCAUAACAAGUUUUCUAUAAUAUUUGCAUUCGCCAAUUGAAUAUAUGAUGAAUCUUUCACUGGAUACUCUCAUCAACUAAUUUCGCCAAACACUUCCAUUCCAUUCCAUUCCGAAACGGAAAACACCGAAACGCCGCCGCCGAAGAUGGCGCCACCGGCGGCAGAAGGGCAAAGGAGAGAGCAAGGUGGGUUGGGGAAAACCAUCACAGGAAUCAUACGCAUAGCAGUGUUCUGGUAUUUCGCUUCCAAAUUCUUCUCUCCCAAAACCCCCACCCAACCUUCUUCUGCUCUCAUCUCCAACCUCUUUCACCAAUCUCAACCUCUGGAUAUGUGGCUUUAUCUUUCGGAGCAUGACAAGUUUAAUGACUUUGGUAGUGGAAGUGCUCUUGUGUGGCAUGAAACCAAUCUUCCAUUUGCUUCUUGGGGACCUAACAGUACUCGAUCUCUUACUCUUAAGUAUCACCCAUCGGAGGCUUUGAAGCACAAUGGGAGUCUGUAUGCUCAUGUUUUCUUUGCAAAUUCUGGAUAUUCACCUGACCCAAAUGACCCAGAAUACCAACCUCAUGCGGCAUUUGGAAGGACACAUCCUGUUGUGAAAUACUUGCCCAAGACAAGAGCUGAUAAAAGGAGGAGUCUGUUGGGGUCUUCACCCGAUUCUAGUGAAGGUCAAGUGACCUCCGAGGUGGUUGAUGAUACUCAAAAUGAUUCUGAGGAUGAUGGCCCUGUGGAGUGGGCUUCAUAUUGGAAACCAAAUAUAACAAUAAACAUGGUUGCUGAUUUCACGCAGUACCCAAAAAGUAGCAUCCCACCUAACAUUGCCCCACACUUGAGCAUUGACCCUAUCACAGGGAACUACUACCCAACUGUAUUUUUCAACGAAUUCUGGUUACUCAGGGAUAAGCUGAUACCAAUAAAUGAGACAGUAACUGAGUUACUGCUUAAUCUGGAGGUUGGUCCCAUUAGUAUGACAAAGUGGCAAUUAUUCCUGCAGAUUGAUCAGUCCUUCCAAGUUCAACGUAGUUAUGGAAGCAUGGUUGACGGAGAGGGUGAUGAGUUGAAGAGGGUAUUCUUGGAAGGAAAUCCUUACCUCCUGGGUGUUACUAUGAUGGUUUCUCUUCUUCAUUCAGUUUUUGACUUCUUGGCUUUCAAGAAUGACAUCCAAUUUUGGAACAAAAAUAAAUCUAUGGAAGGACUCUCUGCAAAGUCUGUUGUCGUGAGCUUUGUUUCACAGAUUAUUGUCUUCCUCUAUCUGCUUGACAAUGACACCUCUUGGAUGAUUCUUGCAAGCUCUGGAAUUGGUUGCAUUAUUGAGUUCUGGAAAAUUGGAAAGGCUAUGCACAUAGAGAUUGAUAGGACAGGUAGGAUACCUAUGUUGAGGCUCCGAGAUCGUGAGUCAUAUGUACAGAAUAAGACAAAAGAAUAUGAUGAUAUUGCAAUGAAGUAUUUAUCAUAUGUUCUAUUACUCCUUGUUGCCUGCUUCUCUGUUUAUUCGCUGAUGUAUGAGCGUCACAAGAGCUGGUAUUCUUGGAUUCUAUCUUCACUCACUAGUUGUGUCUACAUGUUUGGCUUUAUUAUGAUGUGCCCUCAAUUGUUCAUCAACUACAAGCUUAAAUCUGUUGCUCAUCUUCCUUGGAGGCAGAUGACUUACAAAUUUCUUAACACCAUCAUUGACGAUCUUUUUGCCUUUGUCAUUAAAAUGCCAACACUACAUCGGCUUUCUGUUUUCCGUGAUGAUCUUAUCUUUCUCAUAUAUCUAUACCAGAAGUGGGUUUACCCAGUGGACAAGAAACGCGUAAAUGAAUUUGGUUUUGGAGGUGAGGAUGGUCAGGUUGUAGAUUCUACAGAGGUUGAUGCUGCUAACCAAGAAGAGAAGAAAACUAACUGAGCUAGUUAUCUGUCGGCCACUUUAGAGAUUUUAUUAUUAUUUAUUUAUCUUUUCUAGAAGACAAAUCACUCAAGAUAAUUUUACAGAAAAUACUGUAGAAUUCCGUUGAGAUUAACUUGUUUUCCCUCCUUUUUUAUUUACAUUCGUUGUCUGGUUCUUAAACAAAAGCGUUAGUU